AUGUCAUCUGAAAUACCAGUCGUAGACUUCAGCGCCUGGCCCUCCGGCUCACCAGGAGAUAAAAGACGCCUCGCCCAAGAACUAACAGAGGCAUGUCGGCGGGUGGGCUUCGUAUACGUGGUGAACCACGGGGUACCAGAUGAUCUCCUGGAAGAGGCAUUCAAUUGGUCUAAGAAACUCUUCGAUCUACCCCACGACAAGAAGAUGCUGGCUCCUCACCCACCAGGACCUAACGUACACCGAGGGUACUCAUGGCCUGGUCUGGAGAAAGUCUCCCAGUACAUCCACAAGGAGGGCGAGGACUUAAAUGCAGAAGAUGAGGAGCUGCGCAAAGUGGUGGACUGCAAGGAAAGCUACGAAAUCGGCAGCGAAUCCCUCCACCAGCAACCCAACCAAUGGCUCCCCGAGGAAAUCCUGCCGGGCUUCCGCACCUUCAUGACCGAUUUCUACUGGCACUGUUUCUCAACAGCAAAAGACAUGCUGCGUGCGCUCGCCAUCGGCAUCAGGCUAGACGAGGAAGAUUAUUUCCUCCGAUUUCACAGCGGCCUCAACAACCAACUGCGCCUGCUACACUACCCGCCCGUAGAACCGGAGAAGCUAUCUAGCAACACCGUGGCUCGUAUGCCCGCUCAUUCGGAUUGGGGGACCAUCACGAUGCUAUUCCAGGACGAAUGCGGCGGGUUGCAAGUCGACGACCCGAAUAAGCCGGGGAGCUUCGUCAAUGCGACGCCGAUGAGGAAUGCGUUCGUGAUGAAUGUGGGGGACUUGCUGAUGCGGUGGAGUAACGAUUACCUCAAGUCGACGCUUCAUCGUGUGACAUUGCCUCCAAUGCAAGAAGGCCAGGAUGCGGGAGCAGGGCACAUGACGCCGGCUCGAUACUCCAUUCCAUAUUUCGUGAGCCCGGAUCCCAUGGCGAGGAUCGAGUAUUUGCCGCAAUGUGCCGAUGAGAAGAAUCCGGCUAAAUAUGAACCGGUCGUGCAGGAGGAUUACCAAAAAAUGAGAGCGAGACUUCAGUAUCCUGACCAGUCAGCUGUUCCGGUUGCGGUAGCUUGA